GCUCAUAGUUUUGACUGAUAACGUAUGAUCGUGUACACAUACACGCAUACAUAUAUACAGCGCUUUAGGGAAUAGAUUAAACUACUCGUAAAACUACCUAUAAUGCCUUCUAAUCACCGAACCUUUCGCUUAUCACCCCAAUCUACAGUUGCUUUCACUGUUGCAUUCAGCUGAUCUUGGCAAAAAGUCUAGCGCCUGCAACGCCGCCGUGCCUUCAGACACGUCGGCAAUACUUGUAUUGCAAUUCAGCAAAAACAAUAAUAUCAACGAAAAAAGUUUUAUCAAGGCGACUUAAGGUGCGGUCAACGCACUGUCGUUGCCGAUAAUGUAAACAACACUUUGUUGCAUAAGAAUACUCACCGUUAAUUUGUUGUAAUAAUUUAAUUAAUUGCAAAAGUUUCGAGCGCUUUGCUGAGUCCAAGUGUUUUUCAUAUAAAAACAACUCGCAAACAAGGUGAAAGCACAGUUCGCACUGAGUUGUACCUGAGAGCAAUAUGAAGCUGCUGAAAACAUUCGGUUUGUUGGUUUUAUUAGUUGGCGCUGCCAGCGCUGGCCAUAAGCAAGGCAAUCAACGCAGAAGCAAUACACAACAAUCGAGCAAUCUCAAACCGACCGACUGGCUGUCGGUGCAGGAGCUGCAAUCUUUGCCCUCAGCGGAGGAUAUCACCUUGCAACAGUUGGAGAAUAUGUCGGUGCAGGAAGGCGAGCGUUUGAUUGGACAGAUUUAUCAUCUCUUUAAAAUCGAUCGCAAUCUGCGCCCAACUUACGUGCCUAGCGCCAGCAAUGUGCCCGUGGUCUUCGUGAGACCUAAUGGACAGAGUGUGGAGACCAACCUCAACGAAAUGGUCGCGAACGCCAAGCAACAACCCAAUUUCGGCAGCGAGGAGGUGACCAUCUUUAUUACUGGUCUACCGCAGACCAGCGCCGCUGUCGCCAGGGCUAACAAGAAGUUGGUGCAAGCCUACAUGCAACGCUACUAUGGACAACAACAGCCGGUGAAUGCCAACAACCAGGAUUAUGAUUAUAAUGAACGUCAGCCAGCCACUUCAAGCGAAGAGGACUACAGCGAAUCCUGGAAGCAGCCUAAACAAAAUAGGGGCAAUCUUGUCAUCAUCAAACUGGGCGCCACCUUGACGAACCUGAAACGCUAUGCGCUGCUCGAUAUUGAACAAACCGGCCAAAUGAUCGGCAAAGCGCUCGUCCAACUCACCGAUGAGGCUGAUGUACCACAGGAGAUCAUACAUGUGAUUGGUCAGGGUAUUGGCGCACAGGUAGCCGGUGCAGCUGGUCGUCAAUACAAGCGCUGGACUGGUCACCAAUUGCGUCGCAUUACCGCUUUGGACCCCGCGAAGAUCUUCGCCAGCAACAAUAAUGUGUUGACCGGUUUGGCGCGUGGUGAUGCCGAUUUCGUCGAUGCCAUACACAGCAGCACCUGCGGCAUGGGCACACGCCAACGUGUCGGUGAUGUUGAUUUUUACGUCAAUGGUCCAGCCUCUACCGCGCCAGGUGCUGACAACGUCUUGGAGGCAACUAUGCGCGCUACACGCUACUACGCCGAGUCGGUGCGUCCCGGUAAUGAGCGUAAUUUUGCUGCUGUGCCUGCCAGCUCGAUGCAACAGUAUGAAAGCAAUGAGGGUUAUGGCAGACGCGCUUAUAUGGGUAUUGCUACGCAGUACGAUUUGAAAGGUGACUAUGUGCUCAAUGUGAAUGCAAAGAGUCCUUUCGGUAAGAGCGCUCCAGCUCAGAAGCAAGGCACUUAUCAUGGUUUGCAUCAGACAUGGCGCAACGACAAGAAGAACAACUAAUACUAAUGAACAUAAUGACACUGGAUGGUUGAGAAAUACCUGUGACUAUAACUAACCUCAAAACUUUUGUACUUUUAUAUAAUCUCGUGGCAAAUGAAUAUAAAUUAAAAAGAAAAUCGACAAAA